GCUGCCGGCGGCAGAAGCGGCCCCGGAGCGGCCGGAGCCGCGCGGUCGGAGUUGGGCAAUGCCAGCCAGGCCUCAUGUGCUGACAGCAAGCAGGGACAUGGAUCGUGGCGUCAGCCUGGAGAACCCCUAUGCCAGCGUCAACAUCCCACGGGAACAGUUCCAGCAAAGCUUCAUCACUCACUACCUGAAGGAUGAGCCCGUUGUCAUUGCCAACCCUGCAGCCGUGCCCACCUACACGGAGGAGAAGGAGGAUCCUGCUGGCAGCUGGAACAGCCCAACCAUUUCCACGGAGAAGUCCUGGUCCCGUCCCUACAACCCCUAUGCCAGCCUGAGGAUGCCCGACAGGGAAUUGUCCAGCUCCUUCUACACUGUCACUCUGGACAAGUCACCCAAGAGCCAGGAGCUGGAGGCCAGUGAGGGAUGCGGGUGCUGCAAGUGCUGCUCCCGUUGUAGAAAGUGCUGCUGUGUCAUCUCCUAAGGGCCCUCGUGGGACGUGCAGACCAUGGGAUGGGGACAUGACACCUGACAGAGCCGGCACCUGGGAGCUGGCAUUGGCUGGAUUCUGCUGUUGCUUUUCACCACAAGCUCUGCAGCCAGAAAUGCCAGUGAUGGGCACCUGUCAGGUGCAGAGAGCCCACUGUGGGGCGUGGGGGAGGACAGGUCCCCCUGCCCCACUGAAGCCCGGAAUCCUUAAGGAUGGUGUGUGCCCAUUCAGAUGCCACCAAGAAGAGCCUGCAAUGGUGUUGGACCAGCACUUUGAGCCUGUGAGCCCAUGCACUGACCCUGCCCCUCUGCCCUUGCUGGGGAACCUCUGGCUCUGGGGACAGCGCAGGCACUGCUGGCUUGCCAGAGUGUGGUUUUGGGCAAUGGCAGCACUGUGUAUGUGACAAAGGAGGGCAUUGUCAUGGCCAUCCUGGAGGGAAGCCAGGGACAUGUCUCCAGCCAGGAUUGGGACCCACAUCCCCAGAACUGCAGGGUCCCCCUACCCACAGCACUGUGGGGAUGGGGCAACCCCUGUGCCAAGCUCUGCUGUGUACU